AUGGAGACGAUAGCUGGGAGGAGCCUGGCGUUGGCCGAGUUGAUGGCCGAGGGGCGGAUCCCGGAUGAUGGCACCAGUCUCAGUGCCCUCAACAACAACCACCAUCCGGAGAUGAGCUCGAUAUCGCUCGGGUUCUUGAAGGCGUUCUCGGCAGGGCCCGAAUCCGGUCAAAUUUCGCAUGCAUCGUCGCUCGAAAGUUUGGACUCGAGCCCUGGGUCCUUGCUGAAUCAUAUGGGCAGCCAGGAACCCGACGACGGCUCGACCUCAUGCUCCGAGGAUUCUUUCGAAAUGUCCUCCACCUGUUCUACACGAGACACCCCUGGACACUCACCGCAACGCGAAGGAACCUCAUCUUCUUUCACUUCCGGCGGCAGCGAGUACAAGUUGGACCCCGAGUCUUCGGUGGCCCCAUCCCGAGAAGGUUCCUCCGGACGUGAUUCUGUGGUCGGAACGCUACCAUCAACUUCUUCACUCUUGUUACUACGAAGACCACCCUCAACUUCCAUCAGCAUGGAUUCAUUUUUGUUGAAGGACCGGAUAACAAACCUUCGGGAAAGCGUCGACGAGCUCGACACGAAUAUGCCGACACUGGAUUUUGAUCGGCUCGAGAAACAGCUCCAAUCGGCCGCCAAGGAGCGUGAGGACUCGGAGAGGAGAUGGCUGGGUGAAGAGGUCCGGAAGCGGUUAGCAACUCAAAUUGACACCUACUCCAGCCCGUCACCAAUGUUGACCAACCGACAAAAUCGGCCGAUGGGCAUGAGGUUGCAGACUGGGAUGAAUCUACAGGUCUGCUACAUCAACGAGUUAAGCGAGACAAGCGAAGCAGCUUCAAGCUCCGAAAGCGACGAGGAAUGCCGAAUGUCGAAAAGCCGAUCCGUUCCCUGCCUUAAGUCAAAAGCGAAGCGCGAAGACCCGAUCGUCAACGAGCUGCGUAGACGGGCCGAGGAGGGGCAGAAAUUGGAUCCGGCCGAGCGACAGCGUCUUCUUAACGCCGAAACGAAUGUCGUACUGGCAAAAUCGAAAGAAGCCGGUGCAAAAACGUUAGAAGAUUAUAGGAGAACAAAGUCUCGGGCCUGCGAGAUCCCACGACAAAGUCGACAACUCCUGAGUAGGCUGUCAACUUCCGAAAUUCAAGAGAUCCUUGACAAGAUACAGAACGCAAUUGCGACGAAAAACCAUCAGCUCGUCUCGUUACUAAUCGAAAGGGAUACGUUGCAUAUGGAGCACGACUCGUUGCUGGUCGAUAUUGAGGAUUUCCAGGAGCACGAAGCCGACGCGCCGGCCCUCGACUUCCAGAAGCUUCUCAAGAGUCAGGAAAACCUUGGCAAAGAGCCAAUCCUGCAAGAACUUCCGGAGAGGCGAUCCCAAAACGGGAAUGUCAGAUCGGACGUGGCAUUCGUCGUACUCGUCCGCGACCGGCACAACAUCACCGAGUACGAGUUUGCCCAAAUGACGGUCAGGUGCUACGCGGAAUCGAGGGGAAUACCGUAUUUUCUGGUGGAUGAGACGCCGGAGAAUCGGGAGGGAUGUGGAAUGGAGGAUCAAAUGUACCGUCGACAUUGUAUUUUGGCAAACGUAAUGGCCGCAACAAAUCAUAAAUGGUUCGUCAUGUUUGACGCCGACAUGGGUAUCAUCAACCCUCGACAAAAAAUCGAUCGCUUCAUCCCAAAAGAUGACGCCACUUUUCUGGUCUUGACGAAUCGGGUGAUGAACUCGGAGAUUAUGACUGGGAGCUACAUCGUUAGAAAUGACAAGCGAGGCCGCGGGUUUCUCAAUUUUUGGGCAUCCGGCGAUACAAACUACACGGGUCUGGUGGGCAGUGACAACGCCGCUGUACAUAGCACUUUAAUCCGAAAAUACCUCCCCCACCUCGAGGCCGACCUCAAAAAGUGCGAGACGUGGUGGCGGAGUGCUACGGCAUUCUGUCGCCUCUUCCUUUAUGAAGUCUGUGUCAGGGAUCUAUUGGAUGAGCAUGAAAUUCCCGGAAUUCAGUUCUUGCCAAAGACCUAUUCCUACGUGAGAGACGGCUGGCUUACAAACGGGAAAUUCAGCGACGAUGAUUUUGUGUUUCAUAACUGGAAAAACAGCGUCAAAAACAACCGGAAAGCAUUCGGAACCUGGGAGUUCCAGUUUGACGAUUCGGCUUUCAGCGAUCUCAGUUGGUGCAACACCUCCCAGUCGGCCGGCGAGCUGUGGCGGUACAAGGAUGGGUUCGCCGUUGGAAAAGAUGUGAUCAGAAAACGCUUGGAUGUAUGGAUCAAAAACACGGGCACCGAACGAAGACGACAAACACGGCAGUAUCAAACUUUUAACGCCUCAGCGUCAAUUGUGAAGAAUUGCAAA